AUGGAGUCGCUGAAGCUCUACAACUCGCUCAACCCGGGCGCUCCAGUUCCCUUUGUCCCCAUUGAGAAGGGCAAGGUUGCCUGGUACGCUUGCGGUCCGACUGUGUAUGACAAGAGCCAUCUGGGUCACGCGCGCAACUAUGUGUCGACCGACAUUAUCCGCCGUAUUCUGCAGCACUACUUUGGCUUCGAGGUCAACUUUGUCAUGAACAUUACCGACAUUGACGACAAGAUCAUCAUCAAGGCUCGACGACAACGUUUGCUUGAACUCGAGAAGAACAAGACCUACUCCAAGGACGAACUCCGGGAGCUUGCCCUCGCCGCCUUCCGCGCAUACGCCAAGAGCAGCCUGCCUCUGCUCCUCAACGAUGGAGAGGACCUCGAUGCGACCAACUAUGCCCAGCGGAGGGAGGCCGGAUAUGGAGGAGUGCUUGCUGGAGGAACCAUCUCUGGAGAGGGCAAGCCUGGAGACGACGAGGCCAAGGUCAAGAUGCACCUCAGCAACAUGACAGCCGCUGCCGAUGCCAUCAAUGGAGGCGAGAUCUUCCCUGGCGCCGACGAAAUCCUCCUUCCCUACCUCGACUCCCUCUACAAGGAGACUAUCGACACCAGCGAUCAGACCAUGUUCACCGAUCUUACCCAGAGCAUGGAGGCUCUCUUCAUGGAGGAUAUGGAUGCGUUGAACGUUCUCAGACCCGACGUCAUCACCCGUGUCACCGAAUACGUUCCCCAGAUCGCCAAGUUCGUCGAGAGAAUUGUUGACAAGGGAUUCGCAUAUGAGGCCGAGGGAUCUGUCUACUUUGACAUUUCCGCAUUUGAGAAGGCUGGUAACACCUAUGCGCGAUUGCGGCCCGACAACCGAAACGACAAGUCUCUUCAGGAGGAGGGUGAGGGAUCGCUCUCCAAGAACCUCGGUGGGAAGAAGAACCCAGGCGAUUUUGCCCUGUGGAAGAAGUCCAAGGCCGGUGAGCCUUACUGGCCCAGCCCUUGGGGAAAUGGUCGCCCUGGAUGGCACAUUGAGUGCUCAGUCAUGGCCUCUGAUGUUCUGGGCGCUCAGAUGGAUAUCCACUCUGGUGGUAUUGAUCUCGCGUUCCCUCACCACGACAAUGAGCUGGCCCAAAGUGAGGCCUACUUCUGCGAGCACGGCAAGGGAGAGCACACCUGGGUCAACUACUUCCUCCACAUGGGUCACUUGUCCAUCUCUGGUUCCAAGAUGUCCAAGUCCUUGAAGAACUUCCAGACUAUUCAGGAUGCGCUGGCUACGAAUUACUCUCCCCGAGGCAUGCGAAUCGUCUUCCUGAUGGGUCGAUGGAACGACGGUGUCGAGAUUUCGCCCGAUAUGCGAUUGCAGGCUGACAACUGGGAGUCUACUAUUAGCAACUUCUUCAUCAAUGUCAAGGCGCUUCUCGCCGAGGCUGGUAUCUCGAGCGGUGUCAAGUCGCUGUCUAUCAACGAGGAUGCCAAGCCAACUGAGGGCCUCCUAGCUGAGCUUGAGCAAGCGAAGCAGGAGUUUGAGGCUGCUCUGACCAACUCUUUCGACACACCGAGAGCCAUGUCUGUCAUUCUCAAGCUGGUCAACACAGCCAACGUUCACUUGAGGGACAACAAGGACGCUGAUCUCGCAGCUCUCGAGACGAUUGCUCGAUGGAUCACCAAGGUUGUUGGCAUCUUUGGUCUUGACGCCAACGCGACAGCUCCAUAUGACGGUCUUGGCUGGGCGACAGUCAUUGCUGCUGACGUCGAGCCCAAGACGGCCGUGCAGCCCUACGCAGAGGCCUUUGCCAAGGUCAAGUCGGACGUAUCCGACCUGUCCCUGGAGAGCGAGGCUAUCUCUGCACUGCUCGAGCAGGAUCCCACCGCCGAGUUUGAGUCGAUCGCUUCAAGUGGCUCGCGAGACCCUGAGCAACUGGCACUGCCCUACCUUCGCGCCGUGUCCAAGCUUCGAGAUGAGCUCCGCCGAAUCGUCUCCAGCCAAUCUCCCGAGACCAAGAAGGCGAUUCUUUCUCUGACAGAUCGCAUCCGUGACGAGGAUCUCACCAACCUGGGUGUCUACCUGGAUGAUCGGCCCGACAACCAGGCUUCUUUGAUCAAGUUCGUCCCUGCCGCUGAGCUAAUUGCCGCUCGUGAAGAGAAGGCCGCCCAAGCUGCCGAGAAGGCUCGAAAGAAGGAAGAGGCCCGUCUCGCUCGGGAGAAGGCCGAGCUUGAGGCCCGAGAAAAGGCCAAGGUGCCGCCCGAGGAGAUGUUCAAGGGCGAUGAGAGGUACAGCGCUUGGGACGAGCAAGGAUUGCCGACAAAGAUGAAGGACGGAAGCGAUGUGCCCAAGAGUCAACUAAAGGGAUUGAAGAAGCAGUGGGAUCGACAGAAGAAAGCGCACGACGAUCUCAAGGCCAAGGGCCUUCUGUAG